UUUCUCUCAGUUCUUCACACCUAUAUAUACCUAAAAUCCCAUAAUUCUCAAAUCCCAAUUGCAGUGAUUGAUAAAAGCAAAAAGAGGAAAAAAAAAAAAAAAAGAAGUGAUCAAAAUCAUGUCUUCACCUAGCAAACGUAGAGAGAUGGACUUGAUGAAACUGAUGAUGAGUGACUACAAAGUGGAGAUGAUUAAUGAUGGAAUGCAAGAAUUCUAUGUGGAAUUUCAUGGACCCAAAGAGAGUCCUUAUCAGGGAGGUGUAUGGAAAGUGAGGGUAGAGCUCCCGGAUGCCUAUCCUUACAAGUCACCUUCCAUUGGUUUUGUUAACAGGAUUUACCAUCCAAAUGUGGAUGAAAUGUCAGGUUCUGUCUGCUUGGAUGUUAUCAAUCAGACCUGGAGCCCCAUGUUUGAUCUUGUAAAUGUUUUCGAAGUGUUUCUUCCCCAACUUCUUCUAUAUCCUAACCCAUCUGAUCCCCUGAAUGGAGAGGCUGCAGCUCUCAUGAUGCGUGAUCGUACUACUUAUGAUCAAAGGGUGAAAGAGUUUUGCGAGAAGUACGCAAAGAGUGAAGAUGCUGGGGCCGUACCUGAAGAAAAAUCUAGUGAUGAAGAGGUGAGUGAAGAAGAAGAUGCCUCCAGCGACGACGAAAUUGCUGGCAAAGCAGAUCCCUAAGGGAUUGGCAUCAUGGACAAUGUUAAACACCCCAUGUCUGUACAUGAUAUCAACUUCUCUUAUGAUAAAACUAUCUUGCCCAUGGUUUACUUGAAGAAAAUUGCUCUGUUUCUUCUGUCAUUUAAAUUGUACUGUUAUGUGAUUACAUUGUGUCCUGAUUCCUUAAAUGUUCAUCUGGACCUUUAGACUU